UCGAGUUCUUUUCAGCGGUUUGAAUCAAUAGGACCCUAACGUCUCACAACGCUAUUCAGUCACUCGCUCUCCCUGUACACUCUCUUUCCCUCGCUCUCUGCCAUCACUCUCUCUCCACACUCUGUCUCUCUCGCUCUGCGAUCAGGCUUCCCCACUCUUCCUCGAGUCUCCAUCAGUCGUCGUUGGUUCCCGCCGCCGCUGAUUACAGAUAUGCAGGCACUAGAUAGAGUGCGGCCUGGACCCGAUGUGGAUACCCAGUUGUCCCAGCAGCCGAAUCAUCGGUCAAGUCCGCUUUGGAGGUGCGCCGCUGACGAGGAGGCGCCUGGCAUGAUAAAGGUUCGACGCCGUAAAUGUGUAUUGCCACAGGGUGGGUUAGAUCCACGUAUCAUGCAACACAUAGAUGCAGCAGGGUUGACUGGUUUAUUCAAGGUUCCUGAUAUGGAGGUCGACCACGCCUUGAUCACGGCGUUGGUUGAGCGGUGGCGUCCGGAGACGCACACGUUCCACUUACCCCAUGGAGAAAUGGGUAUCACCUUGCAAGAUAUGGAGGUGAUGCUGGGGCUUCCGGUGGAUGGGUUGCCUGUCACUGGGAAGACAGACUACAUAUGGAAUGAGCUGUGCGAACAGUUGUUGGGCCAUAAACCUCCACCCUCGAUACCAAACUCAAACAAGUCUAUCCUUGCUGGGGCGAGGAUAAGAUACACCUGGCUUGAUGCACAGUUUGCCGAUCCCUUAGUUGCGGACGCUGCUGACGAAGUCGUGCAGCAACAUGCCCGCUACCACCUACUUGUACGGAUGGGGGCCCUCUUGUUCAUGGACAGGUCUGCGGACCGGGUCUCACUGCUGCCUUUGCAGUUGCUCAACCCAGUCAGCAAUGCGAGACGGUAUAGCUGGGGUAGUGCAGCAUUGGCCUGGCUGUAUAGGCAACUUUGUGGUGCAUCGAAGAAGGAUGCGAUGCAGAUUGGAGGAGCACUCUUGUUGGUGCAGCUAUGGGCCUAUUCAAGGUUCCCACAAUUAUGCCCUGUUGUGAGGCCGCCUCUACCGCCAGUGCACUUAGGGCCCCUUGCCAUUAGGUGGAGCGGGCCAAAAUGCACCGCAGAGCAUGCCACACACGUCCUUGCUGCGUACCGGGCGUCACUGGCUACAGUACGGGCCGAGCAGAUUGUAUGGGAGCCGUACACACAUACGCUAGGCUCCCUACCUGCGUAUUGCACUGCUGGGCAGCAUAUUUGGAGGGCCGAGGUGCCAUUGAUAUUCUUUUGGAUAGUGGAGUGGCAUCAUCCUGAGCGAGUCCUCCGUCAGUUUGGGAUGAAGCAACCAGUUCCAAGUGUCGUGGAUACGUCGACUACCCUUCACAAGAUAUCCCUUCAGGGUAAAUGGGAGAAGAACUGGGAGGUAGAACAUGAUCCCUUUAUUCGGCAAUGGGCCAACCGAGUGAAUGUAGUUCGCGGGUCCGAUCUCCUAGACGAUGAUGAUACGUAUCUCGUUGAGUACAUGAUGUGGUACAAUCGCCACACAAGGCGGUACAUAACACCAGAGUCUGCGUAUUGGGAACUCAUGGUUCGAAUGAUGAUUAGGUCUAUACCGAGGUGCGAUGAAGGUUCUGACAUGCACACUGACCUUACAUUUACACUAGAGCUUGUGGAGGAGCUAGGCCGACUUAAAUUGGCGAAUGCGCUUGCAGAAGCAGUUGACAUUGAUACACAGGCCCCAGUUCGUGGCGGGCAACGUGGUGGGUCUCGUGGGGGUGGACAUCGUGGAGGUGGUCAAGCUGGUCGCAGCCGUACGACCGAGUCGGCUCCCAUCUACGAGGAAGGGAAUGAGGAGGGUGUAGAAGAGGCAUGGCUUGGCACUGAUUGGGUACUGUCUGAUGAUGACGGCAGGACACCGCGAUGCACGCCUGGCGAUGGUGCUGGGCCAUCCCAUACCGUCGAUCAUCAGGGCACUGUUCCAGCCCACACUACAUCCCAUGGUGCUAGCACGGACUUUGAGGGCCCUCCUCGUAUGUCGCCCCCAGUUUUCAGUGGAUCUGCCCAUGAUGGUGGAUGCAUAUUUGUCCCCACACCAGAUACCGGCUGA